GCUUCCAAUAUGGAGAGUUCAAUUAAUAUAGGAUCAAUAUCAUUCUUUGACUUUUCUUGUUUCCGCUGUCAGGAAAAUGACAGAAACACGGAGGCUGAAUUUAACUGUGAGGAUUGUUCUAAAUUUUACUGUAGCAAGUGUGUUAAUUAUCAUAACUCUUUUUACACAAAGCAUGCACUUUUGGGCAAGAAAAACAUCAGCCAGUGGCCUGAGUCCGAUGUUAGCCAACUAGAGCAAUGUCAGGUACACAAGAAGGAAAAACUGACAGGAUUCUGCGAGGACCACAGUGAGCUAAUAUGUCAUGCCUGCCAUGUCCACAAUCAUCAGAAAUGCAAUCAUGUGGUACUUAUAGCUGACAAAGUGAAAGACCUCCAUCAAAAAGGAGACUUCAAGCAGUUGUCAGAAACGUUUGAUACACAAUACCAGCAGUUGAUACAUAAGAAAAAUGACUUAGAGGAAAAUAUGAAGUCUAUUGAGAAAUCAUACAAGAAAAUUCUGGAAGAAAUCAAUGCUUUACGAAAGACAAUUAAUGAUGCUUUGGACCAACUGGAAAAGUAUACCAAGAAGGAGUUGGACACAUUACUGGAAACCACGAGGAAAUUAAUUCAAACUGAUAUAGAAAAUUGCACUGAGUCCAUCAAAAACAUUACAUGCUUAAAAGAAGAUUGGAUGAGAAUAAACGAAAAAAGUGAAUCACUCAAUUUUAUCAAGUAUAGAAAAUGUAUUGUCCAUUCCAUCAAAGAAGAAGCAGUUUUACAAGAGAUGACAAAAAAGAAUGAGAUUCAACUAAUUAUUAAACCUGAUACAACUAUCCAAACAAACCUGUCCACUCUCUCAGGAUUGGGACAAGUAUUUAGCUCAGUGAAACAAUUUAAACCUUCUCACAGAAUUACAGAGAACCUAGUUACCAGACAGAAUAAACCUGAAGCAUCUAGCCAGUCUGACCCUGAAAACCGAACAACUUCAAUAUUAAAGAAAAAAAAUCCCAAGCCAGACCCCAGUUCAUCUAGAAAGUACACACCAGGAAACCGAACAAGUGAUCUGACCAAGUCAGGCCAGGUUUCUGAUCCAGUAUCAAGUUCAUCACACCAGCUGGUCCAGGGAUAUCAACCAGGUGCAGUAAGCAAGCCUGAUAAAAUCAUUAAAGUGACUUAUGAUAAGAGGUACACUGUGCAGAUUAAGGGUGAUGAAAAAACAUGCAAAAUAUCUGUCAUCUGUGAGACGUCUUCUGGAGAACUCCUCAUCACAGACUUUAACAACAAAAAAGUGAAGCUCCUGGAUCAGACCUACAAGGUGGUGACCCACUGUGACUUGCCCAGCACACCAUGGUCCAUGUGCAGCAUUGACUCCAACCUGGUGGCUGUUGCUAUGAGCAACAAAGAUGUCCACUUUAUCAGAGUGUCAAAUGGUCAGUUGAUAAAGGACAGGAUACUGAAGCUCCAACAUUUCUGCAGGGGUAUUGCCCACCAGGAUGGUAACCUGUACAUGGCAGAUGGUAAAGCUCUGUAUCUCUAUACUCUGGAUGGAAGACUGGUGAGGGAGAUGUAUAAUAAAACAUCAGUUACCUCCUGUGCAGUGAGUCCAGAUGGAGACAGGAUAUAUGUGAUCAACCCGAACAGUAAGCAGCUGGUCGCACUGUCCAGGGAAGGCACAGUGAUCUCCACCCUGACUGUACCUGCACUGAGCUCCCCUAUAGGAGUACUACCUGGCCUACAGGUACAUGUGACAGAUUUAGGACAAGUUAUGGUGUGUGGAUACUGGUCCUCAACAAUAAUCCAGAUGGACAGGGAUGGGAGACAGAGACUGGCACAGGUGGUCACAGAGGAUGAUGGCGUGACUGGCCCAAUAUCUGUCUUCUACAGUAAGCACACAGGCUCAAUCAUUGUAGGAAUGAUGAACAAUAAUGACAUUACAGUGUUUAAGGCAGUGUUGGAGUAGGGUGAUGCUCAUUUCUAAUCAUUUAAUUAUACACUCACAUAUACAUCGUCAUGUAAUAAGUGUUACAGUUUUGUACACAUGGUUUUAAAGCCAGUGACUGUUGGAAUAGGACAUAUUCAUUAUCCUCUGUAUGAAACUAUUACAAAUUUCCAAUGAAACCAGUCUUUACCAAGCCUGUAUCAUUAUGAACUUAAAUUGAAAUAUGCUCAGAUAUUAAUAGCAAACACAAUUAUCAGUUUGAUUGAAACUAGUUUUAUAAGGAUUUUUGAACAUAUUAGAAUAGUCUAUUCAAAAGAUUAUGUUUAAGAGACAAAGUUUAUUUAUUGCUCAUACAACUAUAUUCUUGUAUUGUUCAUGACAUGUAUGCCAAGUACUGUUAUUAAUAUUCGUAUGAAUACUUUUCAAACAUAUUAGAAUAUGCUAUUCAAAAGAUUAUGUUUAAGAGACAAAGUUUAUUUAU